GUGCGGAUUCUGCUCUGGCUGCUCUGUGGCAGCCCUGCGACCGGUCGUGACCAGAUCCAGCUUGCAGCUCAGUUUUGCUCAUUCGAGUGGGCGGCGGCGGCCAGCACGGAGCAAACAUGCAGCGGCUCGGGGGUAUUUUGCUGUGUAUGCUGCUGGCGGCGGCGGUCCCCACUGCCCCUGCUCCUGCCCCGACGGCCACUUGGACUCCCGCGGAGCCGGGCCCAGCUCUCAACUACCCUCAGGAGGAAGCUACGCUCAAUGAGAUGUUCCGAGAGGUGGAGGAGCUGAUGGAAGACACUCAGCACAAACUGCGCAGCGCGGUGGAGGAGAUGGAGGCAGAAGAAGCAGCUGCUAGAACGUCCUCUGAGGUGAACCUAGCAAGUUUACCUGCCAACUAUCACAACGAGACCAGCACAGAUACCAGGGUGGGAAAUAACACAGUCCACGUGCACCAGGAAGUUCACAAGAUAACCAACAACGAGAGUGGACAGAUGGUCUUUUCUGAGACAGUUAUUACAUCUGUAGGGGAUGAAGAAGGGAAGAAGAGCCAUGAAUGUAUCAUUGAUGAGGACUGUGGACCCACCAGGUACUGCCAGUUCUCCAGCUUCAAGUACACCUGUCAGCCAUGCCGGGACCAGCAGAUGCUAUGUACCCGAGACAGUGAGUGCUGUGGAGACCAGCUAUGUGCCUGGGGUCACUGCUCCCAAAAGGCCACCAAAGGUAGCAAUGGAACCAUCUGUGAAAACCAGAGGGAUUGCCAGCCUGGCCUGUGCUGUGCCUUCCAAAGAGGCCUGCUGUUCCCUGUGUGCACACCCCUGCCCGUGGAGGGGGAGCUCUGCCAUGACCCCACCAGUCAGCUGAUGGACCUCAUCACCUGGGAACUGGAGCCUGAAGGCGCUUUGGACCGAUGCCCCUGUGCCAGGGGUCUCCAUUGCCAGCCACACAGUCUGGUGUACAUGUGCAAGCCCGCCUUCGUGGGCAGCCAUGACCACAGUGAGGAGAGCCAGCUGCCCAGAGAGGUUUUGGAUGAGUACGAAGACAUUGGCUUCAUAGGGGAAGUACGCCAGGAGCUGGAAGACCUGGAGCAGAGCCUGGCCCAGGAGAUGGCGUUUGAAGAACCCACCCCUGUGGAGCUACUCGGUGGAGAGGAAGAGAUUUAGACCCAGACCCAGCUGAGUCGCUGGUAGAUGUGCAAUAGAAAUGGCUAAUUUAUUUUCCCAGAGUGACCCCAGGUGUGGAAUGGCCACAGCUCCUUCCCAGUAGCUUUUCUUCUGACUUGACAAGGUACGGUGCAGUACAGUUCUUUCAGCUGUCCCACUUCUCUGGUUUGGGAAAGACAGGCAUGGUGGCUAAGGGCAGUGCCCCACAUUGUUGAUAGACAUGCUGUCUUGCUCUUCAUGGAUUGAAGAUUUGUUUGAAGGGAGAGGAUGGGAAAGGAUGAAGUCUUCCAGUGAUGGGUUUGGGGGAUACAGGGAGGAGGGUGCCUGCCUUGCAAACAUGGACCUGGCAAAAUGUAGCCAUUGCUUUUGUCUUGUGUCCCCUCCAUGGGCUGAGGCACGGGCUACACGGGAGCUACGCCGCUCUUGUGGCCAGCCUCCCACACAGUCAUCCCCCAGCUCCUACCUCACUGUCAGCAUAGCCCUUCAUAGCCACGCUCCACAGCCUGGGGCAGGGGUGGGACCGAGAGCUUUCUCUCCAAGCCUCUUGUUCUCGAUCAACCCCACACCAGCCUCGGUGCCACCAACAGUCCUUCAAAUGGAGGCGAGUAAAAUCCUUUACUUUUGAUUUUUUGCUCCUCCGAGGCAUGCCUGGAACUGAGGUCAGGCUAGUUUGCAUGUCCCUCUAAAGUUAAUAGCUGUGUGGUGGACAUUGUCCUCCACCAUCUGCUUCAAUAACUCGGAAAGCCAGUGUUUGGAGUACAGUUUGUGUAAACUGAUUUGCAGGAAAUAUACUUGGGUCAGAAUUGUGAAUGAAAUUUGCAAAGUUGCUUAGCAACAAUGGAAGGCCUUUCUCAAUCGCAAGAGAAAUCAAAACCAAGCCAGGCUGUGUAAAGUAUAGCUGUGACGUCCAGACAGAAGGCUGGGCGGGAUGUCAGGACUCAGACGAUAGUUUCAGGUGCCAGGAACUAUUUCCAUUCUGUAUUUAUCCAGAGUUAUUAAAAUUUAAACUUGCACACAGUUGUGUAAGCAUGCUUUUUUUCCCCUGAGUUUAAAAUUAUGUAUACACAAAUGUGUUGCCCUCAACGAUCAUGCAUAAAUCACUUUGGCUGCUCUUUGGUAAUUCUUGGACUUUUUCUUUGAUUUUCAAUAAAUAUAAACCCCCCCUUCAUGCAAAAAAAUAUAAAAUAAAAUAAAACAAUCUGUAGUAUAAAGAGACAAAAUAAAUUCCAUAGAAGCAGAUUUUCCAGGCAUCUGCAGUUCAUCUCUUUUAAAAUCGGAAUAUGUUGGAACUCUUAUCCUUGUCUGGAUGGGAAUUAGUUUUAAGAGAGAAAAUACUUUACCAUCUCCUGAGAAACAAAUGGAAUAUGUGACUCUUCUCUUGGAGGCUCUCUGUAAUCAAAUACAGUUCUGGGACUGUGCUAGCAUUGUUACUGUGACAAAACAACUGAAGUAAUCAACUUAAUACAUUAAAAAAAGGGUUAAUCGGAUUCACCAUUUCAGGUUUCAGUCACGAUCCUAUUGUGUUGAAACUAUGGAGAGGCAGUAAGACAGUGGCAGGGGCAUGUGGUCAAGUCAAGCUGCUCCCUUCUGGCUAAAGGAGGAGAGAGGGGGAUGUGCAGUCUUGUCCAGGGCACACCCUUCCCACUCAGGAUCUGGGUACUCUCUCAAGGACCCACCCCUUAAAGGUGGAAAUCUCUGGAGCUUUGGUUUUAGUUACUCUUCUGGGCGGUAUAAUCAAACAUCCAACAAGAAGCAACUGAGGGAUGAGGGUUUCUUUUGGCUCCUGGUUCAAGCAGGGUGUCCUUCAUGGCAGGACCCAUAGUAUGGAGGACCAGGAAGCAGAGAGAGAGCACAGUGUAGGACUCAGCUUUCUCCCUCUGUCCCUUUUUAUUUAUUCUGGGACCCCAACCCUUGGGGUGGUACCACCCACAAUAAGGGCGAGUUUCCUUUCCUCAGAACCCUCUGGAAACUCCUGGUCUCAUAGAUACGUGCAGAGGUGUGUCAUCUAAAUGGUUCAAACCCAUUCGGUUCCAAGACAUGGAAGCACUAUGUACUAACUCUUACACGUAGCACUGGAUGCCUCCUAAAAGCCUUUAAAUCUCAUCUGAAGAUAUCACAGUAAAGAGAUGUAAACAUUUAGAAAAACAAUAAAUGUAAUUGAUGAAGCCA